UAUCACGGAGACGGUCAUGCACUAGCCGGCGACAGACAAUCCGAGAAACGCCCACCAGCAGGCCCCGGACACACCUCACUGACUGGAGACGGACUGAAUACAGAUCACGUGAAACAUCAGAUGUUGAUUAUUGACGUGUGGGCUUACACUUUCAUCAUUGACAGGAGUUCCAUUGCCAUGCUGUCAUCGGAUAAGCACGUCUUAGUUCAUAAUGAAAAGAACGGGGCGGAGAUUGACGACGAU